AUGUUUGGCAGUUUUGUUCUCGCGGGGGUACUCGUCCAGAUUGCGUUGGCAGAAAAAGUAACAGAGCGCGCGCGACAGGCUGAAUGCGCAGAUAAAACAAAUGACUGUGAAAUCUGCGACGUUCUAAUUGAUGGUAAAUUGUAUUGCUCUCGAUGUAACACAGGAUUUGUUCCUAUCAAUGGAAAAUGUGCAGACAAAGAAGGUGCAAAAGCCAACUGUAAAGGUGCCGAUGGAGGCGAUACAGCUGAUCGGACCUGUGCACAGUGCGCCGAGCAGACUUUCAUGUACAAGGGCAGCUGCUACCAAACGAGUCAAGCACCUGGCAGUAGCAUGUGCAAAACAGCGGCAGACGGAAAGUGUACAGAAGCUCUCGAAUCGAAGGCUUACUUUGUUCCGCCGGGGGCAGAUAAGACCCACGACUCGGUUGUUUCGUGCGGAGACGCGACGGGCGUAACGCUUGCUGAUAAGACGUACAAAGGCGUGGAUGGGUGCACAGCGUGCGAUGCACCUGCGCCAGCCGAUGCCAGCGGGGCUAAGGUGGCGACGUGUACUGCGUGCCAGGCGGAUAAGUAUCUGAAGACGGCCACAGACCCAGCCACCUCCUGCGUGACAGAAAAAGAGUGCACGGAUGCCCCAGGCUUUUUCGUCGAUACAACUGACGGUAAAAAAUGCAGCAAGUGCGCUGAGACAUGCAAGACCUGUAAAACCGAGGCUGCGAAGUGCACCUCCUGCAACGGAGACAAGCCGUACCUGAAGAAGGAUGGCGAGUCCACAACUGGCACAUGCGUUGACGCAAAAGGCUGCCCGGAAACUCAUUACGUUGAUGAAGGAGCAAAGGAGUGCAAUACAUGUGUGUCGGCUGGAACAACUGACUGCACCACUUGUGAGAAAGGCCCCACCGGAGUGGUUUGCAAGACAUGUACGAGUGGUACGAAGACCAAGUUUGGCCUUGGAAAGAAGUCGUGCGUUGAGAACUGCCCCUCGAACUCCAACGAUGAAAAGACCGCUGGCACCUGUGAGUGCGUUGAUGGCUACGUUCUCAACGGCGCGGGCACCGGGUGCACGAAGAAGCCCGACCCCCAGUGCAACACCCCCGGCUGCAAGACGUGCAGCGAGCCGAAGACAAGCAAGGAGGUGUGCACAGAGUGCGAAGGCCCCAAGGCCCUCACGCCCACGGGCCAGUGCAUCGAUAACUGCGGAGAUCUGGGAGGCUACUACGCGGGCACCAACGAGGGGGGCAAGAAGGCCUGCAAGAAGUGCGAGGUUGAGAACUGCCUCCUGUGCAAUCUUCAGGGACAGUGUGAUACCUGCAAGGACGGGUACUACAAGAGCGGAGCCGCCUGUGCCAAGUGCGAUACCUCGUGUAAGACAUGCGCGAACGGGAACUCCAACGGGUGCACGAGCUGCGAGCCUAAGAAGGCCCUCAGCUACGAAGGAGAGGGCAACACGGGGACGUGCAAAUCAGAAUGCAAACCGGGUACUAACAACUGCGAGAAGUGCGAGCUGACAGUCGAUGGCACGGCCUACUGCUCCAAGUGCAAGGACGCCAACCAGUUUCCACAGAACGGAGUCUGCUCGGCGGCGGCCGGAAAGGCUAUUACGUGCACUACUCAAGGAGGUGGUGUUUGCAACAAAUGCGCCAACGGGCUUCUUCGUAUGAACGGGGGCUGCUAUGAGACGACCAAACUUCCUGGAAAGAACGUCUGUGAGGAGGUAACGCAGGAUGGGGAUACCUGCAAAACAGAGGCUCCAGGCUAUCAUCUUAAUAACAAUGACCUUGUGACUUGCUCGCCUGGAUGUAAGACCUGCACUAGUAACACCGUGUGUACUACAUGCAUGUAUGGGUAUGUAAAGACUGAUAAUAAGUGCACAAAGUGUGCCACUGGCUGUGCUACGUGUGCAGGAUCCGCCUCAAAUUGCGACAUUUGCAGCACUGGGUACUACAAAUCUGGGACUACCUGUGUGUCUUGCACGGCAAAUACCGCUGAUAGCACCAUCACCGGCGUCGCCAACUGCGCUAGCUGCGCUCCUCCACUUAACGAUAAAGGGUCUGUCCUCUGUUACCUCGUGCAGAGUGGCGAGAACACUAACAAGGGCGGGCUCUCCACUGGCGCCAUCGCUGGUAUUGCCGUGGCUGUCAUCAUUGUCGUCGGCGGCCUCGUCGGUUUCCUCUGCUGGUGGUUUAUGUGCAGAGGCAAGGCGUAG